UUUCAGUCUUCUGAUGUAUUUUUGUACAAUGGUUUAUUAUUUUUCAGUGGCACCUAGAAACACCAACUGAGGUUGAAGUAUGACUUUGCUAACAGCUCUGUCCUAAAUUUAUUACAGCCCAAUUAAGAGAACUCUUAAAGAUACAGUAUUUUCCUGUGGCAGGAAUGGGUUGUGGUCUGUUGAGUGACUAUAUCUUGUCUGUGCUAAGGAUGAGAUUUAUGUGUAUGUUUAUUCACAGUAACAGCUGCCUUAGGAGGUGAAGUGUGCUAGGACUUUUGAGGGGGAGGGGGUUGUACCUUGUUACAGUUCUGUGUUCCAAUGUGAGCACAAAUUUAUAUAUCCCUGCCCCAAAUGCACCCUUGCUCCUUUGCAAGUUGCCCUCUGUGCUUGGAAUCCUAGAAUGGAUUGGGCUGGAAGGUACCUUAAAGAUCAUCCAGUUCCAACCUUCCUGCCAUGGGCCCUUUGAAUCUGAAGAGUGACCCUUUUGCUCUUCAGUUACUUUUGCAUUGACAGUGAGUGGUUGCUAAUACCAUGCUGCUACCUUACAUUUGUAAGCUACUCUGGAGUUGGUUCCUUUGUUGGUAGGUGCUCCCUUAACUGGGUGCCCGCUGCUGUUACAAAAUCUGCUCCCUUACGUAAGGGACACAGUGUGUGGUGCCCACUUUGUGAUCGUACCGCAGCUGUCGGGUUUUAUUAUUGCUUCUGCUGUGGGGAUGUUGGCAAUGCGUGACACGCGUUUCAGAGCACACUCCUGCCCGCGGCUGCGGGGAGAGCAGCCCAGCAGAUAAGAACUUCUCUGUUGUCCUACUGUCUUUGUAAAGCUGCGAGAGAAGCAGGUUUUGUGGCAUAGCAUGGAUUUGACAUUAUCACAACAUAAUCUACAGAAUGAACUGAUAAAAGAAAGACAAGAAGGGGAAAAAGAAGAUGAACAGAUAGUUGCAGAAAUCAUGAAAAGGCGUUUUUUCCCUGCUGUUAUAACUCAUAAGGCCUGGGAAGGCUUUCACUUUGCUGGCCAUGAGAUAAGAAUUACAGAAGCCAUUGAUUGUUAUGGGGCAGUCGUCUGGCCAUCGGCUCUUGUUCUAUGUUAUUUUUUGGAAACUAAUUCUAAGCAAUACAAUUUGGUUGACAAAAAUGUGAUUGAAAUUGGAGCUGGAACUGGGUUGGUCUCCAUAGUAGCCAGUUUACUGGGUGCACUUGUGACUGCCACUGAUUUGCCAGAACUGCUUGGAAACCUCCAGCACAAUGUUCUCCGAAAUACAAAGAUGAGAUGCAAGCACCAGCCUCAUGUUAAGGAAUUGUCUUGGGGAGUUGAUCUGGAAAAGAAUUUUCCUAGGUCUUCCUGUCACUUUGACUACAUUAUGGCUGCUGAUGUAGUUUACCACCAUCCCUUCCUGGAUGAACUCCUCCUAACUUUUGAUCACUUGUGCAAGAAUGACACUGUUAUUCUGUGGGCUAUGAGAUUUCGGUUGGAAAAGGAGAACCAAUUUGUUGACAGAUUUCAGACACUGUUUAAUUUAGAGGUGCUUUCUGAUUUCCCCAGUUUGAACAUAACCCUGUAUAAGGCGAUGAGGAAAAGCAGGAUGACAACCAGACCUUCCAAAGUCAUGGUCUAAAAGAGAGGGAGAGGGAGGUGACAGAGGGAGCUGUUCUGCAGCGUGUUCUCUUUUCAGUAAUUUCCACAUUAGUAGCUGGUAACACCUGCAUGAAUGACAUUUUUAGAAUCAGCUAAGCCAAAAUAUCAGAUUCCUAGUGCAUCCCUAACAAAUUCCUGAAUCCAGUUUGCUGGUAUGUUUUGCAUUUUGCAUUCUGCAUGUGAAGCUAUCUUUGACGUUUUCUUGACUUCUGUGUGCUAAGCUGACAAUACUAAUAACUUUUGCAAGUCUUACCUUUAUUGUUAUAGGUUAUGUAAUGAAUAUUUUCAUUAGCUUUCAACUGCUGCUUUGCAUGGUGUCUUAUAAGAUCAACUGAUCAUUUAAAACUUAAGACUAUGAUAAAUCUUUAUAUUUAAAAAUUGUGGUGUGAAAUGUGAUCUUUCCCUCUUCUCACUAUUGCGUAAAUCCUUCAUUUGAAUAGCCUUUAUAGCAUAUUAGCUGAAAGCAACCCAUCACCUGGAAAAUACACUGACAUAACAAAGGGACAGAAUGUAUUAGUUACCCUUUGAUUUAAUGAUUAUGCUUUUUUCCCCUUCCAUUUUUUAUUUAGAUUCGGGGAUUCUUCAACAGACAGCUGCACACACGAGGCAAGAGGUAUUUAAAUGCUUUGUUGCUUGAACAAAGGUCUUGGAUAAGAAAAGUACAUCAUAUCACCAGCUGCCCUUUGCAAAGACCUUAAAUUCUUGGAGGUCUGCUCCUCCAAAAAUAGACAGUUAUCUGGACCUCAGGGAACAACAAUGGGAAAACGACAGUGGCCAUCCAAAGAAGUUUUGCAUUGCCGGCUGGUGGUGUCUGGAGGUAGGAAAAUAAACCAGCCUGACACAGUGUGGCUGAAGCAUGGGUAGGCUUGGAUGAUAAUUUGUUUUUGUAGUGUGGGAAAACAAAAUGCUUUUCUCCUAGCCAAUCAAUAUUGUGUGUUCCUGUUCUCAGUGCUCAGAUUAAUGUCUUUAGAAGUCUAUCAGAGAACUUUCCUUUGGGAAGAUUAAUAAAAUUAUUCUUUGCACAUGACAUAUUUUCUGAUUCUGUUCGUAAUUGAGUGUGAGACACCUUCAAAUCCCUUGCAGACUUGAGAAGAAAACCUAUCUUGUGCUAAUGUAACCACCUCUGCUGCAUGCAAUUGUUCUAUUAACAUGAGGACUCUAGGCCCUGUCAGUCUUCAUUGGUUUAGUUUCUAUUUGCAGUUCCUCCACAAUUUUUUAUUUAUUGUCAGAUUUGAGCAUAUGAAAUUUUUUUUCAUGCUGUGUAAUAGGAAUAAUUCAGUUUAAGUGAAUAAAGAAAACAUGGAUUUCUGCCAUUUUAAGAUUCUCUCUCUCUGCUUUCUUCCUCCUAACUCACUUGCAACCAUCAAAUCCACUGCAGUUGGAAUUCUAAUCCUUUAAUCCCAAAGGGCAUCUCUGUUUACAAAUGUUUCAUGGAUAAAUGGAUUGGUGCUGUAAUUAAUGAGAAACAGCAGAAAUGGUCUGUGAACUCCCUAGUGAUGAGGGCUAAAGAGGAAGACUACAGCAAAGUAUUUAAAUAUGAUCACUUAAAUAACUGUUCUGCUGAUUAGCUCUCCUAUUUGGGCUACAGGCUGUCCCCCUGCUGAGCUCCUGUUGAAGUCAACAGGAGAUGUGUUUGUUGAAUGGAUUUGGGAUUGGGUCCUUUAGGUCCAAGAACUUAUUGUAGUGUAACAGUAAAUAUUUGUCCUCUUUCUCACAAGUCUGUCUAGCACUGCUGUGUGAAACUUCCUGAGAAAGCUCUAGUGACUGGCUGCUCCAUUAUACAGCCACUUUUUGUCCUCUGGUAUGAUGGGCAGGUUAUUAGCCAUGACCAAUGGAGGGUGAGGGUGUAUGUGGCAUUUGUCUAUGGAGCAUAUUUCUGCUCUUUGAGAACAAGUCUCACAUUAAUGUUCAGUAUUACUGACUUCUAACGUCGGUCAUAAUUUCAAUAAUCACUUUUUGUUCUAAUAUUUCAAGUGGAAAAUCCAGUUGUCAUUCAGUGCAUUGUAUUGCUAAUACACAGAGCAUUUGUACCCAUAGUUUGUGAAAGGAGGAGUGGAAAAGGUCAGUUAAAUUUGCGGGUGAAAGAGCUCUACUUGUGAGGAAUGCCAGAGAGGUUGCCUGAGCUGGUAAUCUUUUACAGUGUCUUAGAGGGUGUUAUGGUAAUCAUAAUAAUUGAAGAGAUAAAUUAGGAUGUAUGGUAUGGGUUCAAUUGAUUCCUUAGAUUUUCCAUAUUCCAACCUAAAAAUAAUUUAUUGACCAACAACAUAUUUAACUCAACUGUAUUUUGUUAGAUUUUCCAGGAACAAUAUAUUUUUCAAAUGCUACUGUUUUCAGGAGGAUUUCUUUUUGUAUAAGCAUAUAUAAGACCAGUAGGGUGCUUUGGGAUAAUGGUUUUAAACUAGAAGAGUGUAGAUUUAGAUU